UUGCCAUCUAGCGGUCAGAAAUAGCGAUACGUAAGCAGUACGUAGCGUACAAGUUGCUUUGUGCGUUCCUGGACGACGUGUUCCGCUUUAUAUGAGGCAGUAUAGUAUACUAGCCCAGACAAUAACGAAAAUGGAAUAACAGGAACUGACCGAAGCCCCUCUUUACGUAAUGAAACUGUGGGCAAGCUAGCUCUAACCAUCACUAUCUUUUCCCAUGUCUUUCCCGCGCGCGCGACGUACAAUACCCCCUUUUAUGAGGUUAUGGCGCGGUAGUGUGACGUUAAGUUAUGCAAGGACACCGCUUUUCUCCGUUAAUAACGUAAUAACCGCGAUCUGGCCGCCGACAGCAACCAGGAAAACGAAAUCGCCGCAACGGCACGAGGGGAGUCGAUCAUAAAUUGCGCGAUCCCACGGCGCGCUAGAUCACCUUGAUUGCUGUCGGAAACAGGCGAAGCGUGGCGGAAGGAAAAAGAAGGCUGGCGGCAAUAAACGGAGUUCUCCCCCGCCCUGUCCUUCGUACAACACAACGCAUUGUACUGCCACUACUACAGCCUGCCUCCGUGCGCGCGCGCCGGAUGCGAGCUCCAUGUCGUGCCGCUUGAGUUGGCGUGCGGAGCCGUGCGCCGCUGCCGCUUGGCAGUGGAAGCAAGCGAGCACGGUGUCAGGUGUACGACGCGCAUGAAAGGCUGGACUGCGGUCCGUAGUGCGUCGUCGGUGCAAUGAACUUGCACCGGCGACGGGCAGGGCGGCGGAGGAGGGACAUUCCUCGCCACAAAGCGGCGUGCAGCGCGGCAAGAGCCCGCAGCGUUUGACAGCAGCCGGUGCGCCCCGCCAGUAAAACUCAUUUGUGUGAACGGCAGCGGCGCGCUCAGCUCCGCGAGCGAGCAGCCGCUAUCGAUCCGCUGCUGGGCGGUGUCUGCGAAAGGGAGGCGCGGGUCCCCCCGCUCCAUCGGAACAGGUGUUGCCAACGUCGACUGCCACCGGACUUUGAACUCGCGCGUUCGCUGAGCACGGGCGCUUCCGGAGCCGCGAGGACGCCCCAGCUGGUCGGCACCCAAGUCCGGCGCAACCCGGUGCCCCGUGCGAGGCCGAGGCCGGCGGCUCCGGCACACACCGUGGGAUGCGCCUGACACCGCCCGGCAUGCCCGAAGGCAGCGGCGGCGACGCGAGGAUGCUGCGCGGAUCCCAGCUGGCGAGGGGGCCAGGCAGCCUGAAAGACUCGGAGCAGGGACCCAGGUCCCUGGCGGACAGCAGCGACUGUGGCAGCGGGGGAAGCCUGCUGAGUGUUGUGGGCAACGGCGGGGACAGCAGCUACGAACGCCGGCACGUGCACGAAGCACAUCUGCGCGAGGCCUUCCAGGCCAUGCACUGCAUGCAACUCAAGGGGCAGCUGUGCGAUGUGCGCCUGGUGGCCGGCAACCAGAGCCUGUUGGCACACAGGCUCGUGCUGGCCGGCUCUAGCCCCUACUUCCACGCCAUGUUUAACAGUGACAUGUGUGAGAAGGCACAGGCUGAGGUGGUGCUUCAUGACAUUGCCUUCUCCGCCCUGCAGCAGCUCGUCGAAUUCGCCUACACUGGCGAAAUUGUCAUCACUGAGAGCAAUGUCCAGAGCCUGCUGCCCGCGGCCAGCCUGCUGCAGGUGGGCAGCGUGCGCGAGGCCUGCUGUGCCUUCCUGCUGGGACAGCUUCACCCGUCCAACUGCCUGGGAAUCCGCAGCUUUGCCGACACGCACGCCUGUCGCGACCUGCUGGGCAAGAGCCACCGAUACGCCCUGCACCACUUCCGAGAGGUGGCGCACACCGACGAGUUCCUCAUGCUGCCUUUCUCGCAGGUGGAAGACCUGAUCUCCAGCGAUGAGCUCAAUGUCUCCUCGGAAGAGUUGGUCUAUGAGGCCACUGUGGCCUGGAUCAAGCACAAUCUGCCCGAGAGGGAGAAGUACGUUGGCAAGCUGCUGCAGCACUGUCGGCUGCCGUUGAUGCGUCGGGAGUUCCUGCUGUCCAAGGUGGGCGAGGAGCCGCUGGUGCGCUCGAGCGAGGAGAGCAAGGACCUGCUCAUCGAGGCCAUGCGCUACCACCUGAUGCCUGAGCGGCGCGCUGCCAUGGCUGGGCCGCGCACCUCGCACCGCAGGCCCGAGGGCCUCCGCUCCUACCUCUUCGCCGUCGGUGGAGGCUCACUGUUUGCCAUCCACAGUGAGUGCGAGUACUACAACCCACGCACGGACCGCUGGAGCUCUUUUGCACCUACAAUCCACCGAAGGUCUCGAGCCGGCAUCACCGCACUGAACCGAAUGCUGUACGCCAUUGGCGGCUUCGACGGCACACGAGACCUGUCGUCGGUGGAAUGCUACGACCCUGUGCGUAACACGUGGUCACUGCUCCCGGGAUUGGGCAGCCGACGCAGCUGCCUCGGAGUGGGAGCCCUGCGUGGCCUCAUCUAUGUGGCUGGUGGCUACGACGGGACGUCCUGUCUGAGCAGCGUGGAACAGUUUGACCCCCUCGUUGGUGCUUGGACCUCCGUGGCUGCCAUGGAGUAUCGUCGGCGAUACUGCCGCCUAGCCGUCCUCGAGGACUGCCUGUACGCUGUGGGGGGCCACGACGGGGCCAACUACCAGUCGUCAGUGGAGCGGCUGGACCCGCGGGAGGGCCGCUGGCGGCUGCUGCCGUCGAUGCACAGCCGGCGCAACAGCUGCGGCGUGGCCGUCCUGGACCGGUCCCUCUACGCUGUCGGUGGUAACGACGGCAGCCUCUGCCUCAGCAGCGCCGAGCGCUUCGACCUGGCCGCCAACAUGUGGGACCACGUCGGCUCCAUGCACUCCCGCAGGACGACACACGAGGUGGUCCAAGCCGACGGCUUCCUCUACGCCGUCGGUGGCAACGACGGCAGCUCAAGCCUCAACACUGUCGAGCGCUACGACCCGCGUCACAACAAGUGGAUGCUCGUCACUGCCAUGAUGCUUCGACGAAGUAGUGUCGGCGCUGCCGUGCUAGAGUGCCCCAUGCUAGAACGCGCAAACUCUACAUCAUUUGCUUCGGUUAUUGGCGCCUCUUCCGAGCCCUGAGGCAUAUACUUCCAGCCUUCCUCAUGAUUUGCUGUAGCGCAUUGUUUUUUGUUGCGGUACGGGGGCCACACAGCGUCAAAACUGUCGUGCUUUGGCAGUGCUCUCACUGCUUGCCAAGGAUGAGUCGGCUUUUGCAUUUCACCCACCACUUUGCCAACGUGACCCACAGCGAUGUGAUAGCGAGAUCGCCUUAAGUCUGCGUUCUUCAGCAGAGCGUAGAUUUUCUCGGUUUGGGUGCUUCAAACAUUCACGUCACUUCCUUAGUUUAGCAGCAUUACGUGUGAUCGUCUUGAAUGUUGACUCACAGGUAUGACCUGCGAGUGGAACCCUGGGGAGAAUUCCCAUUUCCUCGGCACCUUCAUACCCGAGUGAAAACCAGUUCUCCCAAGAGCGAUAGUCCUGUGCGUGUGUUUCAGAGCCUUUCUCUGAUGAAUGGCUGCUCUGUUAGGUGUUCUAUUGUGACUAAGGUGUGAGACCCUUAGCGUCAAUAGUCUUCAAAAGCUGGCUGUUCGCUGGUUGGGAAGUAAGGGCCUUGUCAUGCACAUUCCCUGAUCAUCUGUUGCUUCACCCACCUAGUUGUCACAUGGACAUGUCUCACAUGUGUGAUGUUAGGAGUGCAUGUUAGUAUGUUUUUUGUAGGAAGGUGUGUGCUUUGGAUCAUCCCCAUUCAUCUUCUGCCGAAACUGUUGCAGUGUAGAGAGAGCGAACCAAUAAGUGAUGCCAGUUGCCAACUGCCUGGCCUUUGUCUUAGCUUGUGAAGUAUGAGAGCAUGGAAAGAGUUUCCUCUCACUUAGUGCUCGGUAUGGUAUAAGCACUUGUGAGUGCUUGACAGUGCACCAUGCGCAAUACCGGUGAGUCGUUGAAUGACGUUACUAAUGUCUUUGAUGGGAGUAGCUUCCCAACCUGAUAUUUUGGUCGAUGUGACAUACAUUGUUUUCUUGCCUUAACUUAUACUAGCGGUUGAGAUAAAAGAAAGCGAUUUUUCUCAUGAUGAAAUUUUGUUAUGCUUUGUGUACUUCCCAUCUUUAUUUUUGUUUCCCAAGUAGUGUUGUAAAUACUUGUUAAAAGCUGGAAGACCUGUUAACUUAUUUAAUAGACUAUUCUGCACUUUUCUUAUUCAAGUUUAUUGUGUGAAAGCUUAAUGUUCCUGCGUUUAAUUCGAAGCUUUGUAAAUUUUGUGUGUGUAAUCUCCGAAGGGAACUUUAAGCUUGAUUACGAUUAUGUUCGACUAGGCAUGUUAUUUUCUAGAAUAUGACGGGCAAAUUGUUGGUGCUUGAAAGUGUUUGAAUGUAGAGUGAAAUACCGCAACAAUGUUUUUAAGGUUACCCUGUUACUGCAUCGAACGAAACAUGCAGGCAUUCACAAGCAUUUAAAAUUAUGGCUGUGUUGUUGUGUGCUCAUCACAUUAUGUGCACACGAGCAUUUACAUUUGGCGGAAUGUUCUUUCUUUCUUUUUGCAUUUUGCAUGUCAAACAUAUGGGGCAUGAUGACUUGGUUAGCGCUUAGUCAGUUAAAACACUCUGGAAAAUGGAUAUGAUGCACGGGAAUUUUGCCUAGAUGGCACUGAGCUUGGUUCAUUUGUGCUGUGAAUGACACCAUCUCACUUAGCCACUAAAAACAUAUGAAAGCUCUGUCUGGCUUUUCCAAAGACUUUAUGUUGUCAAUAAAGCCUUAUGUGCUAAACACGAGUACCGAGGGCAUUCCCAUGAUUUGGAAGUUCACAAAAUAGGAGUGGCAUUGUGUUAUGGCAUUUCACAAACACAUUGCAAAGAAAUAAUAAUAAUAAAGACUAGUUAGGCGCACUCUGUUCGAAGCACAUUUCAGCAAAUAACUUGCUAGACAGUAAGAGAACUUAAAGCAAAAACUUAAAAUGUCACGAUGAUGAUGCAUGACAUUCUUAUUUGUUCUUGCGCCAAUGUACUGUUAAAUUAAUUGUGUCCUACUUAAAGCAAAGGCAUUUGUUGGACGAUAUCUGCCUGAAAGCACUGCGGCCGUUUCGUGUUAAGAUAUUUAGCAAACUUAGAGAAGCCUGUACGUUGGGCUGUUAGCAUGGCACUGUUAGGUUCUUACCUGGUUCACUAUAGAGCUGAUAAUAUUUUUUGGCAUUAGACUAAACAUUCUUUAAUUGGCACUCUUUCAUACACGUUAGGAUUAGGGCACAGCCAUACUGCAUUGUGUCACCUAGAUAUCUGCAUAUCUGCAAGCAGGAGAGAGAAAAACGUGGACGAGGCUGCCUGAACGAUGCAAUGUAGGACCAUGGCUGGCUUAUGCUCCAGUCAUGUGCAAGUCUCAUCUGGAGCACCAUUACCAGUCAAUUACUUUCGGCAAUAUAAUCACUUUUUCAAAAUUUCAUGUGACUCGACACUGUGUGCGUCGGUGUCUGGUGUGAAGAUGGCAAGCUUGCCACACACAGUCCCAGUCAGCCAUAUAUGCCGAUGCGCCAAGUGCCAAGUUAUGCAAAAUCUUGCGAAAGUGGCCGCAAAAGUGAUCGCCCAAGAAUACAGCCUUUGCUUUUUGUCACCUGGCCAGCAGUGUGCAGCAUGUUUUCUUUAUUAUUAUUAUUAUUGUUAUUAUUAUUAUUAACAACGCAUUAUGCUUUGAAGCUUUUGCAAUGCUUGCUGUCACAUUCCAUAUUGAUUUAAUUUUCUCUGUCCUUAAACUCCCGACUGAGGUGCCGUCCCGGUACGCUCUUUGCUAACCUGUACAUAACUUUUUCUUUAGAUUACUGUUGCCGUAUUGAACACUGUUGCAUUUUCUUGGGCGUCUGGACUUGAUUUUCUGAAGCAAAAGAAAAGUAUCCGCGCGCUUUUUCUGCCCAUUGUUUUUCGUUUUUCAUUGCAUAGGGCAUGCAGUCGACCACCAUCUACCAUCAUCGUUGCAGUCUUCAAUGCUCCUAGGUGCGAGCAAGCAUGCGCACUGCGUCUUUCUAGCCUCCUGAAACAGUUUGUUAGCUUGUCAUUCACGAAACAGUGAGCCUGAAGUGACUUUGUAAUCUUCAAGCUUUAGAAGCAUUGAUAGCCAGCACAGGCUGCACAAGAUCCAAUUGUUUUCGGGCACUAUUGACGAUAACAUAUCGCGCUAGCUUAAAUAUAGUGUUGCAGGAGCAGAAUGAGAAUGGAAUAAAAGAAAGGUUGGGAGAAACUGCGGGGCCCUUGAGCCCGGACCCGCAUAGAAGACGAACUGAAGCCCACAUUUGCACUCUCGCGAAAAUUAAUAUAAACGUAGCUGUCCGUUUUACUACCACUGCCAUCACUUCAAGAACUGUAGCUCAUUGUCACCCUUCUGUCUUUAACUUUGCUGGUUAUUCUUUCCCUUCUUUCUGCCAUUACCGAGUGACAAAAGCGAAUAUCACAUUCUUUAGCAGUAUUGCUGUAGCCAGAGCAAGCUAUCAAAACUGGGAUGACACAAGUAUCGAAAUGCAGUAUUAUGAGAGUAUGAGAGGUUUAACGAUGACGAUGCGUGCCAGAUUCCUAGAUGAACGUGCUUGAUUAUCUUUGGUGAUAACACUUGAUAACUUUCCUGUUUGCUUAGGCUGUGCUCAGUGCAUCGAUGCAGGCCCUCCCUCCCACUUCUGUAUUAUAGCAGGCACGAAUUUAUUAAGUAGUGGUCGAGGGAUGCGUCAGCUCAUUUUGACCACGUACGCUUGCCUGCAGUGGGAACGUGGUGCUGCUAGUUUCAAUCAAUUCAGACAGCAGUUUCGCUACCAGUCUAUUCACUGUGUAAAAAUUCAGUUUGUUCCCCGUUUUCUCGUUUAGUGUUCAUCCUUAUCUAGACGGGAGUAAUUUGUCAAGAUUUGAGGAGGACAAGCUGUCGAUUGAGCGGAGGAAAACCACAAGCUGCUCCCGAGGCUGAAUAGCUCUACGUGCAGCCGCAUAGUUUGGCAUGGGUAGAAAUCUAAAGAUGGAUCUUUUCCAAAUCGGAAAUUGGCAUUUCCUAUAUCUCGUCGCUUCAGCAGUGAGUGGAGCACUGUUGACUGCAAUGAGCACAGCUUAGACCAACGGCCACUAUCGUGGCCUUUCCUUUUCUUUUUUUCUCGUAGUGUGUGUCUGCAGUCAUUUGUGUGACCUCCAUGUUUAUGAUCAGUAGACUCACCACUGCUCCUGCUGUGCCCGAGGAGAGAUGACGACCCCAUACCGAAUAUGCGAGCAGUGAAGGUGUAGUCCCAGGAGCAUACAUGUCCUCUUGUAAAGCUUUUUGUCUGCGUGACUGUGUGGCAAUUUUUGUGCUCGCACUGUGGAAUGGGCCGGUGUCCCAAGUGUCAAUUGUUGCAAGAAAAGAGAUUGUGGAUGAAAGUUUUCGAGUGUGCAUCUAGUUUGUUGCCAGUGCAGAGCGUUAAAAAGUCUCAUGGGGAGGCAGUGGUUGAGUUGCUGGUUCAGGCCUUGAGAGAGAGAGAGAGAGAGAAGGGUGCAGAAUUUUGUGAUUUGGUGAGCUGCUUUUGCUUUUCACAUUCAGUUCUGCAGACUGCCGCAGAAGUCUACAUUGACAAGUCUCUUCAGGAAGUCUCGUCUCGACCAGUGCUGCUGCUUUUGCGAAGGUUCUGUUAAAACAACAUUCGGAAGCGACAUUCGCUAAGCCUGGUUUGUGAAUAUGUUAAAAAAUUGGCUGUGGGAGACUGUGGCAAGAAAUGAACAAUCCUAAGCAGACACUAAGUAGUAUGAUUGUCAAAUUGCGAUAGAAACUGGAAAUAAUAGGAAGUAGCACGAGGACUUAGAUUGGUGCAGGGCCCGAUUUGCUCGUGUCGAUGACACAGUACUCAUCGUAUAUGCUUUAAAAAAUGUUCGUUUCAAAGAUUGAGCUACAUCAGUUCUGUGGACAGAUAUCUUAUUAAAAUGUCUGUUUUCUUAUAGCCACAGGUUCGACGAAACAUUGUCUGGUGGGAAGCAAACAUUGACAGAAAAAAACUAAUGCUCUCCAAGGGAGAAUAUUUUUUUUUUAAUUUUGGGAGCUGUACAGGUCCCUUGUCCACAAUGGAGUGAGAGUACAGCAUGCUGUCCGUGUAGUGAUGCGCAACGAGGGGCGCAACAAGCUGGUGUCACUGCAUUUUCUUCCAAAGGUUCCAUCCAACAAAGCAGCAUUCAUGGUAUUCUACACACCUAGUACCUCCAUAUAUCUAACAAGAAGCCGCGACGAAAAACUUAAUUUGAAAUCUUGCUAAAAAGUUCAAUGUCUGGCAGACGCACAUUUUUUUGCCGCUAAACAACCUGUAGAUGUGCUUGACCUAGCAGAACAUCUGCAAAAGUGGCAGCACUGGGCCCUACAUAGAGGACAAAGGGAGAGGUAAAACCAUUUAGGUCGGGUUCACUGUGAGCACUGUCAACGAUGUACGUGCAAAGCUAGAAAAUGGCUAAAAAAAUAAAAAGUGGAUGAAAGAGAUUUGCUGGUACAGUUAAAAUGAGCGCUUGUCUGCAUCUUCUGAUGCUUUCUGUCCACUUUGCUUUCUACACUGCUUAUUUGCCACCCAUGUCAAUCUACUUGUUCAUCCGCGAGUAUUACAUGUGCAAGCAUCUGCUCCAUUGCACGCAUCUUGUCGGCACUGUCUACAAGAACAGCAGUGUGAUCACAUGGGUCCUCGGCCACGCAGGUAGUUUUCAGUGAAGUGCACCGAUAGAAGUGUCUGCUCGUUGUGCCCCGUCUGUCUCUUCUGGCGCAUAAAAGCCUUUGACUACUAAUAUACUGACACUUGCAUUAACUGCCCUGAGUGGCCUUCCUAAAAAAAAAAAAAAGGCAUCUCUGAUGUUCUGCAUGCAGAAAGAGAGUUGGUGGCAUGACUUGCCAUUAGCACAGCAGACGUUCAGGAUCGACAUCUAGACAUGUUGGCGGACUUGUCUUGCUGUUUUUGCUCUGCCUAUGUUUCCACAGUCUUGUCAGCUAACGUUGUUGUGCACUUGGUGCAGUUCACGUAUACCGAAUAAGAAAUGGAACGGGGAAAUCAAAAGUAGUUUUCGUAGGUGCUGUGUGUCGUGGCUGUUGUGAUUUCAAUGCAGCUUAUUGUCUUUUGUACAGAACCACUCGUGUAAGCGCACUUAACUCGGCCGUUUUUAAUGUCCAGUAUCCAUAUUUAAGUAGCUUAGUAGCAGCAAAUGUUUCAGUGUAGAGCUCUCACUUUGAGGUACAGAGAGUGUGAAAUCUGCCUAGCAUGGUUGACGUACAAGAACCUAGUCCCGACGUGUUAGUGGUAAGCUUUCCAUCCAAAUCUGAACUGCCUUUCGUGUUCUAGAAUGCUCCUUCACUCAAGGUUCCACCUUCAGAAGAUGACGGCAGUGUCGCCUCUUAAAUGACAGUCACUGUGCUUGGAUAACGCUCCUCGGCUGUUACUGGGCCAAACUGUUGUAAAUGCUUGCUCUUGGCAUCUACUCAAAUGCACUAGAAUGGAGGGGCGUUCAUCAAGCAACUCGUAGUUGCUGAGGAGCCUUGUUGAAGGGCAGUGCUUUUCUCAGUGAAGGACCUCGACUGCACUCGGCAGUCGAGGAAGGGCUUUGAACUAAGGCCAAUUCGUGAAUAUGAGAGUAAAUCACCGAACAUGUUUCUCAUACCGAAACCAUUCACUUGGUUUCAGCGUCGACCAACACAUUUUGUGGUGCUUGGCGCAUCUGUCCAGCCACCGGUGGCAGAGGUGGCGUGGAUGUUAUGCACCUCCACUGCCAGCUUUUCGCUUUUUUUAGAAGUAAAACGUGUGCCGCCGCUAAUGCAUCUGCAGUAGUCUUGUGCAUUUAGGCUAGCUGCAAGACGACUUGUACACAUUCGACCUUCCCCAUCCCCCUUUCCUGGGUCUGUGGUAUUGUACUUGUGGGCAGCCCCGAGGGGCAAUUAACCUAUUAACCUAACACUCGCUUAGCUCAACUAGCAAGACAUAUGUUCAGCCAUUUUUUUACUGCACCUUGCCUUCCCAUUUGCGCUAUGGAAGUCGCAACCACCUGCAAGCAAUUUGUAACGAGCAGUUUCUCAUCUAGUCUGUUGUUCUUGGCGCACUGCAGCAUUUGUGAUGUGUAUUCAAAAUGCUUUGUUCUUUUUGCAAAACCAACGGUUGUGAUCAAUUUUUUUCUACUUCCCGGUGACCUUAUGAAGCUGCCGUUUUAUACUUGCCAUGUCUUCGUCGUGCAUCACAUGUAUGGUAAAUUAUUGCACCUGCUGUUGGGGAGGGGGGCAAUUUCAGGCCAUUGCUUGGGAAAAUGUAAAUACAGAGGGAAAGAAAUUUCUGUCACCCACUUUUUUGCAAUGUACCUGUGUGCACUUUUGGUUCUACUUUCGCACUAACUUUAUCCAGCCCAAGCGGUGCACAUCUAGUCCUGCUUCUAAGAUGCCAGGGCCGCUGGCCUUUCGGAGAGGAAAUGCACCGCUGUCUCCCCGUCACGUGCCCACCCCUUGCAGUAGUAGUCGCAUGUGGUAAUGUCCUUCAGCUUUGAGGUUCCCUCCAACAUGCAGCUGUAAAGCAGAUUUUUUUGUUCUCCCUUUAGGAAUAUGGUCAACUGGGAUAGUUGGCACUGGUUCAUAAAGACGGCGCCAAAAAAUACACGGACAAAGAAAGGUACAAGAACGACAAGAACACAGCGGUGCAACAGUUUUCACACAAACAUAGUUGCGCGCUCCUGUCAUUUUUGCAUUUUUCUCUGUCUGCGAUUGCUUUUUUUCCCCCUUUUUUAAAGUUCAAAGCCAUUCAGCAUCAGUGUAUCAAAAAAAGUGGUCUUAUGGUUAUUCAUGCACAAUGGCCCCAAAGUUGAUUGUCAGUUGAACCCCCUAUUGGGUAUAAUUAUUUUCUCCCCUCCCCCUUUUUUUUCAUAUUCAGCUCGGGUAUGUUGAGCUUGUUUUUAGACACUGGAUGCUGUGUAUGCUCUGCUCUGAGCUCUACUUUUGGCGGGCAUUUGGAUAAGGUGUAUUGUUUUCUUAUAAACUAUACAUUUCUCGUCUACCCCACUACACCAAGUCUCAACAUGGUUGCACGUCUCAACGAUGGUUCCAGUAAAAGUGCUCCAACGCUCCAAGUAGAGUUUAUUUUAAUUCGGGCUACGCUUCUAUGUUCAAAUGUCCUUGACCUACCUCGUUUGUGUCCUUCAUUGGGCUCAUUUUCUUCCCCUUAUACGACAGGUGGCCAUUAGCUUACGCGAUAGUGAAGAUUUGCCUGCAGCAUUUGUGAGCAAGCUAUAGAUGGCACGUUACUUUCACAUCCUUUUGUCGAUGCUUGUUGUUUCUAGGAGCUGUGAUGAUGGAGCUUUUAGCACCCCCUUUUUUGUGUGUGUGCAUAGCAUAUAGUAUGUGUCCUUGAAAUAUGGCUGGGAAAGAAGCAAUCUACACUUUGCCGCACCCGCUCAAAGGUUGUGCCCCAAGGCACAGCAUUUUCAGAGCUUGCGCAGAGUUUGCGUGUGUUGUAUGUUGUGUGCGUUCCGUGUGAUGACGUGGAGAGAAUCGUGUGUUGUCCGUGCACUCUCGUUGGUGGAACAGACUCGGUGAACCACCUGUACAGGUGCACUGCGGUGUGCCCAUCCAGAAUGUGAACUAAGGAAGAGAAUCCAUACAGUCUUACCUUGAAUAGAUGUGCACACUUACAAUAUAGCAGUGCUUAUUCCGUAUUUUUUUUUGUGUGCGUGUAAUCGCCACGCUCGUUUUCGUAGAGCCCUUGCCACGAGUUUUCAAGCUACUGGACGUGACCAGUUUCCUCGGCAACCGAUAGAACACGUGUUGCUCCAAAGCCCCGGCGCUUUGGAGGGAUGGUGUGCCUGUGGCCUGACCAUCGGAACACUUGCUUCACAAGCCCUGCAGCACCACUGGUCGGAGGCUCAGUUCUUGGCCGCGGUGGCUGCAUUUCAGUAUGGGCAAACUACACGAAUGAUGUUGUGCUGUGUUUUAGUAUGUUAAACCCUGCAAUUCAGUCAAUCAACCACAGAUCUGGUCAUCUGCUGAACAGCGUCAGAAUUUUGUGAAAAGUACCCUACUUUUGAAAGGAAAGCGCGGUGAUCUUGGCUGGAGCUCGGUCCACCUGUCUGUCUGUUUGCAUGUUGAGCAAUCUGUGUGAAGCAUAUGUGUGGGUAUCGACCAGUAACCGAGGACACACUGCCCCACGCAGCAAGCGUUUAUUUAAAAAAAUUUUUUUUUAAUGUGUGAAUUGAGCCACGGAAUGCAUAUAUUUUAUGUGUGCAGUGUCAUGUUCAGUGAGCUUGAACAUGCUGUCGUCUGUUUCUGUAAGCCCUCACGUCACGUCUGCUUAUCGAAGAGCGAUUUCAGUAUAAGUCCAAGUGCAGCAGAAAACAAGAGCUGCUCAGUAUUUGCACUGCCUUUGUUUAGUUGGGUCGCGCAGAACUACUGCCACUGUUGUUAGCCUAGUCAAAUGUGUAACCCACUAAAUUUUUGCAUGCACAUUUACUUGACAAACAAGGAACUACGUGCAAAAAAAUAUGGUAAGGCCAGCAGCUCUAAAAACCUGCCUGCGUAUAAUGUUGGAACUUGUUUGAUCUUUGCUCAUGAAUAUUGUACCUUGUAUGAUAUUUCUGUAUUGGGAGAUUUCCAGGUAUUGUAGUGGGAGCCUAAAUGAGCUUCUAAAGUUACAAUAUUGCAGGCUAUGUGCAGGAAUGAGUUACCAUACAAAGUGCAGUCGUAGGAUGGAAUGAAUGACCAACAGCAGCAACAAAGCCUUCUUUUGGGUGAAUUGGUCCCUUAUAAACACCGAGUAGAUCAAAUAAAAUUCAUAAGUUCACAUGAAGCUCUACUGUAAGCAGAUAAUGCAGAUAAACUGUCACACUUGAAUAAACUUAAAUUUUAAAAAAGUCAUAAUUUUGGAACACCUUUGUAUCUUUCUGUGUACAAUCUGUUAGCACUGUUUAUCACUGUUCAUGACAAAAAGGAUAAUUUGAGCAGGGUGUCAAUAAAUUAGAUGAUCAUAUUUGUCACAUAAAACAUUGGAGCAAAUUUUACUUUCACACUUUCAAUAUUGAGCUUCCUACUACAUUUGGGUUCAUGUAAUAGUUCUUUGUUUUUUUCUAAUAUCCAUCACCAUCUGGAUAAGAACACACUUAGAGGUAACGUUGCCUGGCUUUAAAUAACAUCUUUGAGUAGCUUUAUUUUGCGGCAUCAAUGUACAAUCCUGGUACUCAUCAGUGCAUUUGAAUAAACUUGUGAAAUUAGGCGACAGGAAAGUACAUCAUGGUUGCGAAGCGCAAUUUAUAGUGGCAAAUGCAACACAAAGAAUCUUUUAUGCUUGGCUCUCAUUCAAAGUCUCUGAAGAAAUCUUAGUGCACUAUUGAAUGUACCAGUUUCGGUUUGAUUUUUCUCCUUCAGAAUGAGCCUGAAUUUACAGCGCAGUCAACUGUUAAAGGGAACAGUCUAAUGUGCGCUUCUCAUUUUAGUGUUGCUGUACCUGCACAUGCCAGCUGCAGCUGUGCCAGUGCAUUGAACAGACGUGAAGGUGCCAGUCCCGCCAACCAAAAGUUGCAUGCUGCAAAGCUGGGUGAUUGUGCAAUUAAUGGCAGGAAAAUUUUGCACAUGCUCUGUACCUGCGAGUGUGAGAAGCCAUUACUUGUAACUCUUAAAUGUUGCCCCUAACGUGUCACAUUGAAUUCUGUGGUUUUACUUGCCAAAACCACAAUUUGAUUAUGAGGCACGCAAGGCGUGCCUCAUAAUCAUUGCCUCAUAAAUUGAGGCAACUGCUUUGCGAGUUGCUUACAUUAACAGAGUAUCUGCAUUAUUAGCCACUGACCUUAACUUUAGUGUUAUUGAUUAGGAACUUCAUUCCCAUGAAACAGGCAUGCAAAUGUUGUGCGUGAGAUACCAUUAAUCAAGAUUACUUUUAAGCACACAAUUUAGUAUGUUUAACCUACACUUGCUGUGAAUUUAUGGUGGACUAGAAUUUGGCACAGCUCGAGCCCAGGUUAGUGCCUACACCUUUCCUAAAUCUCAAGGGACAGGUAAAUUUCGACAUCUAUUAAAACAAAUUAUUUAAAGGCACCCGACAAGCUCUUAGCGACAUUUUCAUGUUUAUGAACAUAGCUCAGUUCUAAGUCUAUGCAGAUUACCUGCCAAGGUAAGGUUGGCCAACGAGCAAGGGGUAAGAGGGGGGGAGCUUUGAGCCAUUGAACUGUUGCAGUAAAUGGGCUGAAAGGAAUGUUUCACCCUUCAAGUCAAAGAUCCUUUCUGGAGAAAUAGAUAUUAUUGCGAGAAAUUUUAGCUAAUGUUCUAAUUGACCAGCACUGCUGCUGCUGUUGGGAAAGUCAUGUCCAUGAAGAGUAUGUCUAUUCUCACCUGCGAGACAAACGGCACACUUGCACAUUCCAUUAGCCCACAGUGGAGGGUCAGCUGGUCGCAGAAGCUUCCAAAAUGCCAGAAGGUGUGAAAAAGUUGCAAUGUUGUCAUCUCCCGAGUACACAGCAUGGCAUAGGGACUAAGUAAUUUGCAAGGGUUUGUGCUACGAGUGUACAAAUAUUCUACAUUAUAAAUAGAAGUGAAAUAUUUGUUACGAAUCAGUGUUCAGUUUGAGAAAUCAAUAUUCAGUGUAUUUGGCCAAAAAUGUGAGGUAGAAACAAUCGUUGCAGGCUGCGUACCUCAGUAAAGGGCCCAUGCAUUUAUUUCACAGGCCACUUGUGAACCACCCAGUUGAAUAGACUUCCCAAUAACAUUGCCCUAUUUAAUGGAACCCAUCAGAUUAUUUUUUUACCAUGCUUGUUCUUCAUGGUUCUUUUCCUACUUUUAAAAGCAAAAAAAAAAGGGGGGGAGGAAAGGUCGGUUUUGGAAAAUUUCUGUGUUCGAAUACCCCUGGUGUGACUGAAUGUAGAUGCAGUUGCAUAAUGACUUGCUCUGUGCUUAGGCUGCAAGGUUUUUGUCACAGAUUUCACAUUUGGCAAACUUUUACAAGCAGCUGCAUUGGACAAAAUACAAGGGUGUCUGGGUUUUUUUUUUUUUUUGCAGCUUUGUGGAACAUAAUUGCAUAGUGCAGUAGGAACUAAUGCCGCUGACAUCAUUAGUAAAGGCUCCUAAAGUCUCGCUGAUAAGUAAAUGAGAUCUUAAUCAGUUUGCUUUGGCUGAAUUAUCUGUGCAUUGUUGUACAUUGGUUCGUGUGACAUAAAGAUGUGUGCAAAUCUUACUUAAACUGAUGUUUUCUUUUUUUUCUACAUACAUUUUCUUUAACUUUAUGUGGUCCUGUGCACAGUGUUUGUGGAACACUUCUCACUGUCCCUUUCUAAUGCAUUCCUUUGCCCUGUGUAUGGUGUACAAAGAUCUUUUUUUUUUUUCGUAACCUGGAAUGAAAUUGUGUGUAACGUGCCCGGUAUAUACAAAACCCCUUUUGGCAGUGCUGGACACUGCUUCUGCUUUGAGUGAAUAAAUUUGCAAAUUGUGAAACAGUA